GGCGCUUGGUACUGCCUGUUCAAGCUCACGGACUCGGCAAAAAUCGAGAGCGCGGACUUAUGGGAGGACUUUGAGACACCAGAGAGGGCAAACAAGCUUCUGAAGCUCAAGUCGCUUCACCGCUUCACGACUACUGCAAUAGCAGUUGAGGAAAUCACCGCUCUUCAGGAAGGCAAGCUCGGCAAGGGCCUGAAGAAGUUCUUGUCGGACGAGGUCGUUGGGAAGGGCAAGGGGAAGGAGACGUUGGCUGUAUUCGACGCGAAACUCGGUAAUUCGAUCAGCAAAAAGCUUGGGAUUAACGUCGUCGGAAAUGACUCUAUGGACCUGUUCCGUGGUAUCAGGGGCCAGUUGGCUUCGCUCCUGGACGGGCUGGACCCGAAGGAUCUUGCGACUAUGAGCUUGGGUCUGAGCCACUCAUUAUCCGGUGACUUCAAGCUCAAGUUCUCGCCAGACAAGGUUGACACGAUGGUGGUUCAGGCUAUCGCGCUGCUCGAUGACCUAGACAAGGAAAUCAAUAUCUACGCCAUGCGUGUCAAGGAAUGGUACGGCUGGCACUUCCCCGAACUUGCAAAAAUCAUCGUAGACAACCAGGCGUACGCCAAGGUCGUGAAAACGAUGGCGACCGUGAAAGCCGCCGCCGAGAUCUCCAUGGGCACCGAAAUCUCUGACUCCGACAUCGCCCACAUACACUCCCUCUGCGACCAGGUCGUCGCCAUCACCGUGUACCGCACGCAGCUCGCGGAGUACCUCCGCAACCGCAUGAACGCGAUCGCGCCCAACCUGACGGCGCUCGUCGGCGAGCUGGUGGGCGCGCGGCUGAUCAGCCAUGCGGGGAGCUUGUUGAGCUUGGCGAAGCAUCCCGCGAGCACGGUGCAGAUUCUGGGGGCGGAGAAGGCGCUGUUCCGUGCGCUGAAGACGAAGCAUGAUACGCCGAAGUACGGGCUAAUCUAUCAUGCAUCUCUCAUCGGUCAAGCACCGCCAAAACUGAAGGGAAAGCUCGCAGAUGGCCCGCAUGGUGCCACCAAAGCCGCCCUCUCAAUUCGUGUCGACGCCCUCUCCGACGUCGACACCAAGUCCGAGCCCCAAGCACCCUCAAUAGGCAUCGAGAACCGCGCCAAGCUCGAGGCGCGGCUGCGCUCGCUGGAGGGGCAGGGCGACGCCGCGGUGACGAAGACGUACAACGACAAGGCGGACUUCGUGUCGACGCAGCGCGAGCCGGUCGAGAGCGCGGUGCAGGCGGCGCUCGACGUGAAGGCGGAGAAGAGGAAGGCGAAGGAGGAGAGGCGGGCGAAGAGGCGUGCGGAGAAGGAGGCGAAGGCGACCAGCGAGAAUGGUGAUGGGGAAGAGACGAAGGAGAGCAAGAAGGAGAAGAAGCGGAAGCGGAGAGACAGCGAGGCGGAGGAGAUGGUCGAGAAGCUGAAGAAUCUGGAAACAGAGGCAGAGACGGAGGCGGAGCGGAAGGCGAAGAAGAAGGCGCGUAAGGCGGAGAAAGCGGCAGCGCAGCAGCGGCUGCGGCAGCGAGGCAAAUGGGUCAGAGUCUACAAAAAAGAAGCGAAGAAAUCUGAGGCAUAGCCCUUUCUUUCACUUCGUUUCGUCGUUGUAUCUGUCGUCCGUGUUUUGUGUUGAUAUCUGCACUCCAUCUUGUUUCGUGACGUACGUCGCGCUGCUAGUCGAUCCCGCAUCUGCAGGCAUCCAUGGAAUGUGGAGAACUGUUGUCUUCGUACGUGAUGAUGACCUUCGCUCGUGUUCAAGCGUAGUCAAUUUUCCUACCGCUGACCCACGGAAACAUGUAUGCAGUCGUAUGCAUGCAAGUCAGUCUUCUGUCAC